AUGGCUCAUCCUAAUCCUAGAGUUGGAAUUGGAGCGUUCAUCCUCAGGGAUGGAAAAUUUCUCAUCGGCUGGCGAAAGGGAAGCCAUGGCGCUGGAACUUGGGCUCUACCCGGGGGUCAUCUUGAAUUCGGCGAAUCGUUCGAGGAGUGUGCUGAGCGCGAGACGCUUGAAGAGACGGGCUUGAAGACUCAGGAUUGGCGCUUUUUGGAUUGCAGCAAUUCAGUGUUUCACGAUGAUAAUAAGCAUUAUGCUACGGUUUGGAUGGCUGGGGUUUGUUGUGAUGAGAAGGCUGAGGCAGAGAUUAUGGAGCCCGAGAAGUGCGAGGCUUGGAAAUGGGUCUCGUGGGAUGAACUGCGGGCCUAUGAAGAGGAGCAAUUAUUUUUGCCUCUUUUAGAUUUGUUUGGACAGCGGCCUCACUUUCGGAUUUAA